AUGGCGCGAAUCCAUCUGCUGGUGCUCCUCCUCGCUGCGCUCGUAGCGCUAGCCUCCGCCUCUUCCGCCCCCCGGUUCUGCAAAUGCACUUGCUUCAAGAACAGCACCAUCAUCCCGCUCGGCCCGCAACACCAAUCCGACCAGCGAUCCCUCUUCCACCACGACGACGACCAUCAUGACGCCCGCAGAACGGCGUCGACCUCGUGCGCAGACUGCACAAAGGCCUUUUGCCUGAGCCAGGGCAUCAGCUUCUGCGAAAACGCAGACGAGGACGACGUCGUCACCAUGUGCUUCCAGCGCGAUAGCAACAAGGACAAGAUCAUCGUCUGGGGCUUCAUCUUUGGCACGCUGGGCUUGCUGGGCUGGGCCGCCUUCAAGAGGGUGCUCGAGUGGAGGGAGGCGCGGAACCUGGGGCGGCUGGGCGCCAGUUAUGCUGCUGUGGGCGGCACUCGAUAG